AUGUUUCUGCAAAAAAUGUUGGAACUCACGAAAAGCCUAGAGGACGCAAAAUACCCGCUAUUAGGACCAAACAUAAGGGGCCUCUUUUGGUGUGGUCUCUGGCAAUUUAGCAACAAAUUCCACAAAAGUGCUUACAUUGUCAUUCAUUUCAUUUCUGUAGUUUUUGUGAUCAGUCUGUACAUCGAGUUUUACGUCAUGAGGGAAGACACCAUGACGAUUCUUUUUAAUAUUUCCAUUCCACUUUUGAGUUUGGUAUCCAUUUCUAAAACCCUCUUCUUAAUUUGGAACAAAUCCUACUGGAAGAAACUGGUAACGAACAUAUCUGAAGAAGAGAUAAAGGAAAUUGAAUCAAAUGACAAUAAAAUUAUUAAAAUUAUCAACGAUUAUACAAUGUACUCAAGAGUGCUUACAUAUGGGUACUGGCUUAUAGUUUUUCUAACUAACAUGAUAACAAUUCUGGCUCCAUUCUUGAAGUACAUUACUGCGUCGCACUAUAGAGCAAUGGUUCAAAACGGUACGGAGCCGUACCCACAGAUUAUGCUAUCAUACUUUCCUUUCGACAAUUCUAGAAUGCCUGGAUACUUGGUAGGUAUCAUUAUACACAUUAUAAUGAGCAGCCAAGGAGCUGCUGAGAUCUGCUUCUAUGAUUCAACAGCGGUAUCCAUCAUGUCGUUUCUAAAAGGAUAUCUGAUGAUAUUGAAGGUGAAAUGCGAAAGGAUUUUUGGAGAAGAAGCACCGGUGACCAAGUCUCGUGUGUUGAUGAAUAUAAGAGAGUGUCACCGCAUGCAUAACUUUUUUAUUGAGCAGUACGAGAUCUUCAAUAGUUUACUUUCGCCAGUCAUGUUCAUUUAUGUUCUAGUUUGUUCUAUAACUAUAUGUUGCAGCGUCGUUCAGUUGAGUCUGGAGGGGAUCACGUUUUCGCAAAAAUUCUGGGUGGUGGAAUUUGCCACGGCUCUGUCUUUUCAACUGUUCUUGUAUUGCUGGCAUAGCAACGAAAUUUUGUAUGAGAGCAUGUAUCUCAGUCAAGGAGUAUUCAACAGCAACUGGUGGCGUGCUGAUGUCCAGAUGAAGAAGGAGCUUCUUCUUCUAGCAGGAAAGCUCUCUCCCUCUUUCAUACUGCACGCUGGUCCUUUUUCUACCUUCUCAAUGUCCACGUAUAUUGAGAUAAUGAAAGGUUCAUACAGUUUUUAUACACUGUUUACACAGAUGCAAGAAUCGUAG